GUGUCAGUCAGUCAGUCAGUCAGUCAGAGAGUGUACCGAGCAAGGGGCUCUCCACUAACAAAAAAAAAAGAAACCCACGAAACGAGGGAGAGAAAUUUAAUGCUCAUUUUGCGGUUUAUCCCUCUUUUUAUAACAGUCUGCAACGUUUAAAUAACUUAUAAUCCUUACAUAUUUUAUUCACUUAUUUAUUAUAUUUUAUUUAGUGUAUGUUUGUUUUUUUACCACUCCGGGAGGGCAGAAAUGGCGGCCAACAUGUACCGGGUUGGAGACUAUGUCUUUUUUGAGAAUUCUUCAAGCAAUCCGUACCUGAUUCGGAGAAUAGAAGAGCUGAACAAGACGGCGAGCGGCAAUGUGGAGGCGAAGGUGGUGUGUUUCUACAGGAGAAGGGACAUCUCACAGAGCCUCAUCCAGCUGGCAGACAAGCAUGCGAAAGACUUGGAAGAAGAGAAGGAGAUGCCUACAGAGCCAGAUCUUAGUGAGAAGCAGAAACACCAGCUCCGACACAGAGAGCUUUUUCUGUCUCGCCAGUAUGAAUCGCUCCCUGCCACACACAUCAGGGGGAAGUGCAGCGUGGCCCUCCUGAAUGAGACUGAAUCAGUACUCUCCUAUCUGGAUAAAGAGGAUGCCUUUUUUUACUCCUUGGUGUAUGACCCAACGCAGAAGACCCUGCUAGCAGACAAAGGAGAGAUUCGUGUGGGCCCCCGCUUUCAGGCUGACGUCCCUGAUAUGCUCCAAGAAGUCCUCUUUCAACUAGGAGAAGCAGAUGACAGGGACCAGGCCAAGCUGGAGGUGAAGAUGUGGGACCCAGAAUGUCCACUGACCAAUAAGCAGAUAGACCAGUUUCUAGUGGUGGCUCGGGCGGUGGGUACCUUUGCUCGAGCUUUGGACUGCAGCAGCUCUGUCAGGCAGCCCAGUUUACACAUGAGUGCUGCAGCAGCGUCGCGGGACAUCACACUGUUCCACGCCAUGGACACUUUGCACCGGCAUGGCUAUGACCUUUCAAGUGCACUGAGUGUUCUGGUGCCACAGGGAGGCCCUGUGCUCUGCAGAGACGAGAUGGAGGAGUGGAGCUCUUCAGAAGCCAACCUGUUUGAGGAAGCACUGGAGAAAUACGGCAAAGACUUUAACGACAUUCGGCAAGACUUUCUCCCGUGGAAGUCCCUGACUAGCAUUAUUGAGUAUUACUACAUGUGGAAAACUACAGACAGAUAUGUACAGCAGAAGCGACUUAAAGCAGCUGAAGCAGAGAGCAAAUUGAAGCAAGUCUAUAUUCCCACAUAUAAUAAGCCAAAUCCUAAUCAGAUCUCUGUCAGCAAUGGGAAGAUGACUACCGUGAAUGGUGCAGCCGGACCAGGCGGGUACCAUGCAGCCAGUGGGGGCCGUGCAUGUGAAAGCUGUUUUGCAAUGCAGUCUCCUCAGUGGUACUCGUGGGGUCCUCCAAACAUGCAGUGUCGCCUCUGUGUCUCCUGCUGGAUGUACUGGAAAAAGUAUGGUGGCCUGAAGAUGCCAAGCCGAGCCGAGGGAACAGAGGAGAAAACACCUCCAAGCCCUGCUUCAAAUGAGAUGCGUUCACGUGGCCACAGCCUGCGUCAGACCACUCACAUGGUUCCCAUGAGGAACAGUGGAAGUCCCAAGUCCUCCAUGAAGACUAAGCAGGCCUUUCUGCUACAGGCCACGCGCCUCACCAAGCUGGCGCGUCACAUGUGCCGUGACCUCAUCAGGCUGCGCCGGGCUGCGCGCCGCCCCUUUGUGCCCAUUAACUGUGGUGCCAUAAAGGCGGAGUACAUGAUUCGAGUGGCAGAAGGCACGACAGGUCGAUCCACCAAGCCCAAACCUUCCCAGAGGAGCACGUUAACCAGCGUCCUGCAGUACCUCGAGUCACGUCCAGCACCCCAUGUCCAGCGCUCUCAUCGUACACCCGGCCUACAGGUCCAACCACCACGCCGACUUCUGUCCUCUUUGCCAAGCCACGGGCCACUUGGCAUGCUGGGAAAACGCAGUUAUCACCACAGCAGCAGGAUGGACCCUGAGAGAAGAGCAAACGCUCCAGGACAAGAAAAUCAGGGACACAUCGUGGGUCCCAUUCUGCAGCACAAUGGACGGAGCAGUGGCAGCCCCAGCUUACGAGCCAGCAACAUGAUAAUGCGCAAGAGGCGACCCAACUGGAUUGAUGCGCCAGAUGACAGCUUUUUCCUUGUUUCCCGAGAAACCAGGAAAGCCCGGAGGCUGCUCACUCGUUCCCAGUUAAGAAGAGCCUGUAGGCAGCCAUGCGAGCAGAUUAAUUUGCGCAGGGUCCCCCAGGGACCAGUGCAGGGAUCUAUCCUUGCACCCCCCCACCCUAGUCUACGGAUGCGAGGUCCCAUUGUGAUCCACGACUGACCUUCAUCUGUGCCGUUUCACCUGCUUGCCUCUUCACUUUGACUCUUGCCCUUAAUCAUACAACACAGUGGCCACACUCUACAGCUCUGUUCCGUCUGGAAGUACAGAAACCGUGUAUUCAAUAAUUAACACCAUGCGCUAUGGUGCACUAAACAUGCACUUACAGUAACCCUAGGGCUCCAUAAGUCUCAGUUAUGCUUCACUAAACUUUGAACUGAUCGUCUUUGUUAAUCUAAUGCUUUGUGGAUGUAAGGAUUGCAACGUCACAGUCCUAUAAAUCAGUGGUCACAUGAAACGACAUCAUACUGUACAAAGCCUUUCUUUCUUAUGCUGAAGACUCUUGACAGACUUUUCAGUAAAGUAUUUGUGUGCUUUUUUGUUAGUAAUUUCAUUUCGUACUGCAUUGCAGUCCUUUGAUUCUCUUAUUGUCUGUGAGUAUUAUGACUACAGGCUCGUGAGCCGUUUUUAAACUGUUUGAACAGGGCCAAACUAUUGAUGUGUUGGACAUUACCGGAAGGCAGAAUUGUGUAAAUAGCAUGGGACUUCUGGAAUCACGAUGUACGAUUUUCCUUCAGACUUAUUUGUUGGAGAAGCCACCAGUUUGAUACAUUUCAUUAUAAUCUCAUUUUCUAUUUCAAACAAUGUAAUGUGUUUCUGAUUGCACAUUUCAGUGGACUUUCAAGUCACUCUUGGUGACUACUAUACAGAUUCAGGAGUGUGGAAUGUCAAAGAUGAUCUGACGUUCUACUAAAAUUGUAAGGCACACUGAGUAGUCUGAAUCUUCUUUUGAUCUAAAAAAAAACCUAACAAAAAGAGUGCCCUUUCAGAACUAAUGAAAGAAAAAGUGUGGAGAGUUUGAAUUUAGCUAUUUGUCCACAGAUGGUUACCUGGUUAUUUUUUUCUCCAUAUGGCCAUAUGACGUCUCAUAUCUGACAUAAAUAAACUAAAUAAUGCAGAAUGGGAAUAACCAUAAUGCAAAUUCAGGCUGUUUAUACUGCAUGUAA